AUGUCCACUUGCCAGAGAAUGCUUUCCAACCAGUACAGCAUGGCUUCCCGUAUGCCGGGUAGUCCGGAAAAACCGAGUAAUUGUUACUCCGGCCUGGGGGGCCUCCUCGGCUCUGUCGCUGCCGCCGUCGCUGAUGCCGACGCCGGACUACGACUGCCGAGCGAGAUCUCUCCUCCAGGACCGGAGCUCCCUAAGAAGGUGAUUGUGGUGGGCGCUGGCAUCUCUGGACUGAGAGCUGCCUCGGUGCUUCGCCGCCACGGCCUCGACGUUGUUAUUCUCGAGGCCCGCGGCCGUAUUGGCGGCCGUAUCUGCGCCAGUAGCCAGCCUGGCAAGACGCGUGAUCUAGGCGCCGCUUGGAUGCACGAGACGUCGCAAAACAGGCUGGUCAAGCUGAUUCCCAAACUCGGCGUCGAGUACUAUUACGACGACGGCGCUCCCCUGUACUACACACCUCACGGCAAAGCCGGCGCUCAAUUCAAGGCCAAGAAAGUCGCCGACGAGUUCGCCGACUACUGUGAGUGGUACUAUAAAAACGACCCCGACGCCCCGGAUAGGAGCGUCGAUGAAUUUGUUCGAGAUUUUGUGAAGAAUCACGAGCUGAUCACGGAAGAUGAACGCCUCUGGGCUCCGCAGGCGACCAGAGAGAUAGAACUCUGGAUCGGCACCAGCACGGCUUUGGCAUCUGCUAAGCACCUCAGCUACUUUGUCACGGAGCGUAACCUCUACGUCCUCCGCGGAGGUUAUCAGAAAAUUGUCAACUGGACAGCCGAGUCGGUCCUCGAUGCAGUCCAACUCCAUCGCCACGUCAAGAACGUCGAAUGGAGCGAAGACGGGGCUUCGCCUGCUGUCGUCGUUUGUGAGGAUGCUCAAGGCAACGAACAGCACUUCACGGCCGACGCUGUCGUCAUGACGACGCCAUUAGGCGUCCUUCGCCACAAGCUGGUGGACUUCUCCCCUCCCCUCCCAGAAGACAUACGUGAGGGCAUAGACCGGUUCAGCUAUGCCGCUCUCGGAAAGGUCUUCUUCGAGUUUACCGAAGUCUUCUGGAGCAAGGAUAACGACCAGUUCAUGUACUAUCCCGCCCCUCCCGAUGAGCAGGAAGCAGGGCCUGCUGCGGACAACAUCCUGGCCCAUCCCACCGUCACUGUGAACACGUGGCUGAUGUCGGGCAAUAAGGAACUGUGUGUCCAGAUUGCUGAGCCUCUAACCCAGCGGGUUGAGGCUAUGGCUAAAGACGAGCUGUAUGAUUUCUUCAAGCCGCUCUUUAACCUCCUCCGUACCGAGCCUUACAAGGCGCUUCCUAAACUGGUUGGCGUUGAAUGCACGGAAUGGACCCGCGACCCCUUGGCUGGGUUUGGCACUUACUCGGCUGAUAAAGUCGGGGACGAUCCCGCCCUGUUUACUGGAGCGCUUGAGACACACAAGCAUAGCCGUCUCCAAUUCGCCGGUGAGCAUUGCACUCUCAUUGCUAAUGGCUGUGUACACGGCGCGUUUGCUACCGGUGAAACGGCUGCCACGAACCUACUCGAAGCCUUUGGGAUUAGCUAUGACGGAGGUGACCUCAUGAGUCUCCCCCGUGGUCUGAAGUAG